UCCGCAAAUCAGUAUCCCACUAACUCGCAAACCGUUUAAGUAGCAACCAAAUUGCAAUUUCUCGUUUAGUCGGUCAAUCGCACUGGAGUGUUAAAUGAUUUAUUGGUACGUGAACAAUAUCACACCGAUCGGCAGAGACGAAGAAGAAUCGAAAAGACUUAAAGCACAAAGUAGAUUGUUCAAUCGCCUAUCGUCAAAGUUAUCGCUGAAUCGAGGGAAUAAUAAGAAUUAUUACUACAACUGCUUCCAACUCACUGGAACGAAGUGAAGAGCUAACACCUCUAGAUAUUGUGACUCAAUUCGUCGAAAUGCCAGAAGCUGAUUCGGUAUUCCGUGCCCGAUCCGAUGGUAUAUCCGCAGAAGGUGUACGCGAUCAAUACGCCGAUGGGAAAGCAGCCAAAGUCUGGAAGGUGUACAUUGGUGACAAAAGUUCUCGAACCGAUAACUAUCGCCAAUUCUUGGUGAAUUUACUGCGUGAAAAGGGCUGCAAACGUAUAUUGGAUACGGCAUGUGGCACCGGCAUCGACUCCAUUAUGCUGGUUGAGGAAGGUUUUGAAGUUGUGUCAGUGGAUGCUUCUGAUAAAAUGUUGAAAUAUGCGUUGAAGGAGAGAUGGAACCGACGCCACGAAAAGGGUUUCGACAAAUGGGUGAUCGAGGAAGCGAACUGGUUAACCGUCGCCAAAGAUAUUGAGCCUUUCGUGAACGGUGGUUUCGACGCCGUACUGUGUUUGGGUAAUUCAUUUGCUCAUAUGUUGGACAGUUUCGGCGAUCAACGGGAACAGAAACGAGCCAUUCAAAAUUUCAAAGAAUGCGUCAAGCCAGGAGGACUGUUGCUCAUCGAUCACAGAAAUUAUGACUACAUUAUGAACACCGGAUGCACACCACCGAAAUGCAUUUACUACAAUAGCAAACAUACCUCCGACAUCAAAACAUCUGUGUUAUACAUCGAAGGAAAGCCAUAUUUGAUAACAUUAGACUACUUGAUCGAUACUGGUGACGAGAUCAGUGAAUUUCGACUUUCCUACUACCCGCACAAAUUGGACGUGUUCAGUAAAAUGUUGACAGACGUUUUCGGGACGUCCACCAAACAUGAGAUCUAUGGAGACUUCAAACAGCUGAAAGAAAUUGACGUACCAGGAUUUUAUAUUCAUUUGAUAGAAAAAUCAACAUUAUGAACAGAGUCAAAGCACUGUAGACAGUGCUAUGACUG